UCUUUGAAGGCACAUUCUGUGACUCCUCAACAUAUCCUCGCCCGAGACGACAACCCAGACCCCGAUCAGGACCAGGACCAAAUGGCUGCUUGUCAGGGAUGACAGAGGAGAGGGAGAAGCAGCACUGAGUCAGCCAACUGUGGGGAACAGGACAGACUGUAACCGGCAGCAGAGGGGACACAAAAAUGGGAAGAGAAAGACCCAGGUCCUUCUGACUGUGAGUGUGAGAUGAGCUGAUUAACAGGCUGUAGGGGUGCUUUUGAAGGCACAUUCUGUGACUCCUCAACAUAUUGUCACCUGAGAAAACAACCCAGAUCCGGACCAGGACCAGGACUAAAUGGCUGCUUCUCAGGGACCUUUGACCUUCAUGGAUGUGGCCAUACAUUUCUCUCAGGAGGAGUGGGAAUGCCUGAACCCAGCUCAGCGGAAAUUGUACCUGGAUGUGAUGGUGGAGAACUGCAGCAACCUGGCCUCCCUGGGUAUGUCAUCAGAAGAUGACCCAGCCUUUAUUCCAAAGCCCGGAAUACAAGAUUUGUUCUCUGAAAUAAUACUGAGUACCUAUAAUGGAGAGAGCAGUUAUCAAUGGAUUGAACAUUGGAAAAACUUUAAUCAUCAAUGGAGAAGGGAGCUUGUAGAGGACCGUUAUAAAAGUGGAAAAGUCUUUGACCAAAUGCCCAAUCACAAUGUACAUCAGGUUAUUCUUAUUGUGGAGAAGACACACAAAGAAAGUAAAUGUGUCCAGUCUUUUCAUUAUUCUUCAAAUUACACAAAACAAGAGAAUAUUCAUUUGGGGGAGGAGGCUGACAAGUGGAAUCCUUGUGGUAGAUUUUCCAGUCAAAUAUUCAAUCUAAAUAAAUUGAAAAAAUUCCAUAAUGGAGAAAAACCUUAUAAAUGUAAAGAUUCUGGUAAAAUAUCUACUUGGCAUUCAGGUUGUACUCUAAAUCAGAAAGUUCAUACUGGAGAGAAGCCUUACAAAUGUAAAGCAUGUGGCAAAACCUUUAAAUGUCAUUCCUCUCUUAUUGUACAUGAGGGAAGAAUUCAUACUACUGCACAAUUUUACAAACUCAGAGAAGAUGGGCAAGGCUUCUGUCAGCCCUCAGGACAUAUUCAACAUCAUAGAAAUUAUACCAGAGAAAAGUCUUAUAAAUGUUCAGAAUGUGACAAAGACUUUAACCGGUGCUCUACCCUUAGCAUUCAUCUGAGAAUUCACACUGGAGAAAAACCUUAUGACUGUAGAGAUUGUGGCAAAGCCUAUGGCAGCUCCUCAGACCUUACUAAGCAUCAGAGAGUUCAUACUGGAGAGAAGCCUUAUAAAUGUAGAGAAUGUGGCAAAGCCUUUAGAUGGUCCUCACAUCUUAAUACACAUCAGAGAGUUCAUACUGGAGAGAAGCCUUAUAAAUGUAGAGAAUGUGGCAAAGCCUUUAGAUGGUCCUCACACCUUACUAGACAUCAGAGAGUUCAUACUGGAGAGAAGCCUUAUGAAUGUGGAGUAUGUGGCAAAGUCUUUAGAUGGUCCUCAGAACUUACUCCGCAUAAGAGAGUUCAUACUGGAGAGAAACCUUAUAAAUGUAGAGAAUGUGGCAAAGCCUUUACAAGGUCCUCACACCUUACUACGCAUCAGAGAGUUCAUACUGGAGAGAAGCCUUAUAAAUGUGGAGAAUGUGGUAAAGCCUAUAGAUGGUACUCACACCUUACUGCCCAUCAGAGAGUUCAUACCGGAGAGAAGCCUAAUAAAUGUAGAGAAUGUGGGAAAGCCUUUAUAUGGUCCUCAGAACUUACUCUGCAUAAGAGAGUUCAUACUGGAGAGAAGCCUUAUGAAUGUGGAGUAUGUGGCAAAGCCUUUAGAAGAUCCUCAGAACUUACUAAGCAUCAGAGAGUUCAUACUGGAGAGAAGCCUUUUAAAUGUGGAGAAUGUGGCAAAGCCUAUAGAUGGUCCUCACACCUUACUACGCAUCAGAGAGUUCAUACUGGAGAGAAGCUUUAUAAAUAUGGAGAAUAUGGCAAAAUAUAGAUGCUUUUCAGAACUUAGUACACAUAACAGAGGUCAUACUGGAGAGGAACCUUGUAAAUAUACAGUAUGUGGCAAGGCCUUUAGAAGGUCCUCAGACGUCUUAUACCAUAUAUGUAGAGAAUGUGGAAAACCUUCAUUGUAGCAUCAUACGUAAAUUAUCGUCAGAGAGUUUACACUGGAGAGAAGCCUUAUAAAUGUAGAGUAUGUGGCAAAUCUGUUGGUAGGUCUUCAGACUUUACUGCACAGCAGAGAGAUCGUACUGGAGAGAAGCCUGUUAAAUAUAGAAAGUACGACAAAGAUUUUAUUUACUGUUUCUGCCAUACUAGACAGCAUAGAUUUCGUAGUUGAGAGAAGUCUUAGAGAUGUGCAGAGUUUCGUGAGUCCUUGACCAGCAGUGAGAACUUACUGAACAUCACAGAAUUCACUCUGGACAGAAGCCUAAUGAAUGUGAAAAAUGUAAAAAAGCCUUGAAAAGUCAUUCAGGUAUUACUGUACUUGAGAGACUUCCUAACAGAGACAGUCCUUACAAAUGUAAAGAAUAGGCUGGAGCCUUUACCCACAGCUCAAAAUUUACUAAACGUCAGAGAUUUCAUACUGGAGGAAACCUUACACUGUAGAAAAUGUGAGAAAGCACUGGCUGGCAUGGCUUGGUGGCUUACCUUCGACCACGCACCACAAUGUCAGGGUGCAAUUCCUGGUCAGGGCAGUGGCCCUGGUUGUGGAAGCGAUUUCCAGAGUGGGGCCAGUAGAAGCAAGCUGAUCCACGAUUCCCUCUUAUACAUAUUUCUCUCAAGCACUCUCCUUUCCUCUCUGAAAUCAAUAAAAAUAUAUUUUGAAAGAGGAAACAAAAUUGUGAGGAAACCUUUAGUCAGCGUGUAUUCCUUCCUAUACAUCAGAGACUUUAUACUGGAGAGAAACCUUACAAAUGUAAUGAGUGAGGUUAAUCCUUUUCUUGUCAGUGGAGUAUUAUUUAACAUCAGAGAAUUCAUUGUGAAGGAAAGCCUUACAAAGGUGAAGAAUGAGGCACAACUUUUAAUUGUCCUUGUUGUCUUACUCAACACAGAGAACUCGUAGUGGAGGGAUCACCUAUAAAUGUACUAUGUGCGAAUUCGAUCAGCAGUGGGGUUGCCUGCAUUAUGAAGCUACGUUGUUGAGCAUGGACCCAUGAACCAGGAAGUCAGCGUUCAUUUCCCGAUUAAGUUUCAUGCCCUGUUUGUGGACUGGAUAUCCAGUAGUUUUCAUGCAAGAGGCAGCUGAUAGAUGAUUCUGUUACAUUGCUGUUUCUAUCUCUCUCCCUCUCCCUUCUCUCUCACAUCCUAUAUCAGUGAUGUUGUAGUACAACGUAGGAGAUGUUUCAUACCCAGGAUGCAGAAUUGCCAUGAACUCUGCAUUGGAGAGAGGAUAUCUUUUUCCAAACUGCACUCCUAGCUGAACUCAGAAAAUUAAGUUUAUUUCUUUCAUUUCCUAUUUCAUAUUCUCAGUGUUUUUUUUUUUUUUCUUCUCAUUUUUCUACUCAGCUGAUACUCUUUUCUGCAGCGCUUUAACAAUGCCAUCUAAACCUCUUCUUCUCCCACAUGAGCCCUCUGGCCUCUGUAGCUUCUGUUCCGCAAUUUAGAAGUUUACUAAUGCGAUAACUGACUUCAGAAUUUGGCAAUAUCUUGCUUUAUAUUCAUGAAGUAGGAAGGUGACCAUUGAUGCUUCCAUGCUGGAUUCUAGACUUUGAAUAUGAAUGUUAAUUUUUGGAUUAUAAUAAAUUGGCUUCUGUGUGCUUUA